GACCCUUCGUCUUGCAAAGGAUAUCCUCUCACCGCACGCAAAUCCAACAGCAUGAUCGCGAAGACUCUCACUCUCGCAGCUACUGCCGCUGCUCUCACUGCGUCUGUGUUCGCGCAAACGCCGCUCACUAUCAACACUCCUGCGAUCGCGCGGCAAUGUGAGCAUACGCUGAUCACCUGGGAAGGUGGUUCAGGGCUCUUCUUCCUGGUCGUCCUAGAGAAUGGUUCGCCGAUUCAAGAGUUCGGUGGCCUCCCCGCAGGCACGCAAUCCUUCGACUGGCAGACCAACGUGAAGAAAGGCACGAAUGUCACACUUUCGAUUUCAGACGAACAGAGGGAUACGGCGGAAUCCGCGCCCUUCAUCAUCAGACACGGACGGAACAACUGUACCGUCGUUGAAUGAGGUGGUGAUAUUCUGCAGGGUUGCACGGGACAGUCGCCUUAUAUGUAGCGUUCAGAACGUUUUAGUCUUCGAAAGGACUCACACAUCCACAUUUUCCGCGCCGUAAUGCACCCUCA